CUCCUUCGACCCCAAAACCACGCUCCCUCCUCUUAUCCCCAUUCUUCGAAACGUACUCCAAUGUCGUGGUCCACGUUUCCGACGCUCCGCCACCUCCUCCUCCUCCGCCCUCGCCUCCCGAAACCCUACCCCCACCCCCUCCGCAUCUCCUCGUCCUUGUCUUCCUCCUCCGCCUCAUCCCGAUCCCUCUCCUCCUCCUCCUUCUCCUCCUCCUCCCACCCCGUUCCCUCCGCCCUAACCCAAGAAUACGCCGAUGAUGCCGGAGGAUCGCCGGAGCCUCCGGCGGCGCCGUCGUCGGCGGCGGGGAGGGAGUCGUCGGUCAUCGACGUCAACCCGCCGCGGGGCACGAGGGACUUCCCGCCGGAGGAGAUGAGGCUUCGGAAUUGGCUCUUCGACAACUUCAGAGAGGUCGCGCGGAUCCUAUCGUUCGAGGAGGUCGACUUCCCAGUUCUCGAGUCGGAGGCUCUCUUUAUUCGGAAAGCUGGAGAGGAGAUCACACAGCAACUGUAUAAUUUCGAGGAUAAAGGGGGGCGCCGCGUUGUUCUUAGACCCGAAAUCACUCCUUCGCUGGCACGACUUGUGAUAAAGCAGGGAAAAUCUGCCUCCCUUCCAUUGAAAUGGUUUACUAUAGGACAGUGUUGGCGAUAUGAGCGGAUGACAAGAGGAAGGCGGCGAGAACAUUAUCAGUGGAACAUGGAUAUAAUUGGGGUUUCUAGAGUCCGGGCUGAGGCUGAACUUAUUCAAGCAAUUGUCAUGUUGUUUGAACGACUCGGGAUCUCAUCAUUGGAUGUCGGAAUCAGAGUGUCUAGCCGAAAGGUCCUCCAGGCAGUUCUGCAAAUGUAUGCUAUACCUGACCAUUUGUUUACCGAAGUUUGUGUCAUUGUUGACAAAAUGGGCAAAAUUACUCGGGAAGAGAUGGAGAAGGAAUUGAUUUCCACUGGGGUAUCAUCUGAAGCUGUGAAGGGAAUAAUUGAAGUUCUGUCCCUUAAGUCAUUGUCUAAACUUGAAGAGGUGCUGGGAUCUGAUAAUGAAGCUGUUGCUGAUUUAAAGAAGCUGUUUUUACUUGCUGAACACUAUGGCUACUCUAACUGGAUUAGUUUUGAUGCAUCUGUUGUCCGUGGUCUGGCCUACUACACUGGAAUAGUCUUUGAGGCAUUUGAUAGAGAAGGGAAGUUGCGAGCAAUUUGUGGUGGAGGAAGAUAUGACAAAUUACUCUCCACUUUUGGUAGUGAUGACAUCCCUGCUUGCGGCUUUGGAUUUGGGGAUGCUGUCAUAGUGGAAUUGCUAAGGGAAAAGGGGCUUGUGCCUGAUCUAGCGCGCCAAGCAGACGACAUUGUUUUCCCAUUAGAUGAGGAGCUUGAAGGGCCCGCGUCCAGUAUUGCUUCCUCUCUUAGAAAGAGAGGACGGAGCGUGGACCUUGUAGAAGAUAAGCGACUGAAGUGGGUGUUUAAGCAUGCGGAGCGGAUCAAUGCGAGCAGGCUUAUCUUGGUGGGGAACUCCGAAUGGCGGCGGGGAAUGGUUCGCGUAAAAAUUCUAUCCACGAGAGAAGAAUACGAAAUUAAAGUAGAUGAGCUAGGAUGAGUGUUUUAAUCUGAGCUAUCAUUUAAACUCUUCUGAGUUUUCAUUUAUACUUUUUGUAUUAUUUGUUUCUCCGCAAGCAUUUUCCUGAUUAUUUGUUCUUAAAUUUAAGUAUAACAGAAAAUCAUAAUUUUUGUAUGUGGCAGAUUAGGCCAAGUUUAUAUCCGGUUACGCGGGCUCGGUCGGUGAUUGCAUAGCUUGUUUAAAGUGGUACAUUUUUUUAUUUUUUAAAA